UAAAAGGACCCUUUCCAGGAAGUACGAGUUACGGACACGUAAGCUGUGUACAAGAUAGCAAGCUUAAACGACUAAUCGAGGACAGAGAGAAAAAAACAAUGCCUCGGGACAUGACGUGUAUGAUUGUUUAGCUGAAACCAGCAAACAUGGAGAAGUUUGGAAUGAAUUUUGGGGGUGGCCCCAGUAAGAAGGAGCUGCUGGAAACUAUAGAAAGUCUGAAAAAACAGCUGGUUCAGUACCAGACCCGUUUUAAAGACGUUGUCAGGGCUUACAAAAGCCUUCUGAAGGAAAAGGAAGCUUUGGAGGCAAGCUUGAAAGUUCUGACUGUAUCCCAGGAAGCUGACUUGAGCUAUUCGAAUGCAACGCCUUCUGGGGCCUCUGGCCUGGAGCGGCGUUCUUCGGACCUUGGAGACGACAAGUGUUCGUUGCACAGCGAAGACAGCGCGGACACAGCGGCCAGUGUGGACACCGCUAACAGCGUGGCCAGCAGCAGCACCAAGGGAGAGGCGACCGAAGAAGAAAAGAGCCUUGGUGAGCACGGGCCGGCUGUGUCCGCUUUGCAAAGGGCUGAAGACAAUAAUGGCUCGGAGAGUGGCGUCAGCUCCAGCAGUGGGGAGCAGCAGGUGGCUGGGGAGGCUGACAGGAGAGUCCUGCAGCUGAAAGCCCAGCUGUCCACCCUGACCAGCUCCUUGGCCACUGUGACGCAGGAGAAGUCAAGGAUGGAGGCCUCCUUCCAGGCGGACAAGAAGAAGGUGAAGCAGGACCUCGAGGAUCUGUGCAAAAGCCUGGAGGAGGAGAGGAGUCAUCAUGAAGCGGAAGUGAGAAGCCUGCAGGAGCAGCUCGCGGAGGCCAAAGCCCGGGUCAUCACCCAGCAGCACGAGCGGGCACAGGAGCAAGGAGACCACGCGCUGAUGCUCCGUGAGCUCCAGAAGCUGCUGCAGGAGGAGCGGGCCGCCAGGCAAGAUGUAGAGCUUAAGCUGGAGGAGACCAGAGAAGCUCUGGUAGAGAAAAUGACAACCGCUGACCGCGUGGGAGACUACGAAGCCCAGGUUAGGGUGCUUUCCACGGAGCUGGAGGAAAUGAGGAAAACUCUCGAGGAGGCCGAGAGAGAGAAGUGCAAAGCCGACCCCCGCGUGGGAGAACUACAGCAGGAGAUUGAAGAUCUCAAAGCGCACUUCCAGCUACAAAUCCAACAGGAGAUGAGAAAGGCAGGUCAAGCAGAGGAACGGCUCCGAGAGCAGUCCCAGCUUGAAGAAAACCGUUUGGCCAGCCUUGAAGAACGAGUCUCUGAGCUGUCUGAGCUCCUAGGGACAUACGAGAAAGCCAAGCAGAAGGACCAGUUAAUGCUUCAGAAGCUCAAGGACCGCAUAAUGCAGCUGGAUAUGGAAAACAAGACUUUGGCUUUUGCUGCCUCUGCUAGGACAUCAGUAGACCUUACUAUUGAUGAGACAAACUUAGAUGUGAAUGUGCUGAAGGAAAAAAUGGUGAAGGUGCGAAAACUGCUGCUCUUGGCUACCCAGAAAUCACCGCAGCCGUUAGAAAUCGAGACACUGUGUGAUGCGGAGACUGCCAUUAACAGUGAGCAUUCCGACGGAGAAAAGGCUUCUGUUGUUUAUUAUCAGCAGGAGCUGAAGCAGCUGAAGGACGAGUUUGAGCGGUACAAGAUGAGAGCGCAGGUUGUACUAAAAAAUAAGACGGUAAAGGAUGGGAAUCUGGCGAAGGAGUUGGAGGAGGUGCGCGACCAGCUGUCUGAGCUCAAGGAAAAGUAUAUUUCUCUCCGUCUUUCUUGUGACGAAAUGGAGAACAAGCACAAACAAGAGCUAGAGUCUAGGCAGCAGUACAUUUGUAGUCUCCAACAAAGCCACAAACAGGAGCUGGAGAGGUUGGAAGCUGAGUACCGUGAGAGAUUUCUCAAGUUAGAAGAGGAACUACAUAAGCAAAGAGACCGUACCCUUGCCCUCUUGACAGAAAAGGAUCAAGAGUUGGAGAGGUUUCGGUCUAUGUCUCUGGGGUACGGUUUAGGAGGACACAAAAAGUACAGUGACAAUAACCCAACAGAAACGGAAAUCAACAAUGCUGGUGACACUGAAGAUGAUUCUACUCAAGAUGUGAUUGCCCAGGCUCUUAAAAUGGCAGGACCCACUGAGCCUACUCUUCUUCUCUAUGCCGAGCAGUUGGCCCGUAAAGAAGUCGAGAUCAGCGCACUGCGGAAGCAGAAACAUCGCCUGGAGGGAGAGAUUCAUCAGCUGCAGGACACGCUCCUCACCAAAGAGGAGCGCCACAGCGAGGAGGUGGCUGCGCUCCGAGAGCAGAUUGAGAAAUACACAAGAGACCAGAGCCGGGAAGGGGCCAACCUGGAGUAUCUGAAAAAUAUCAUAUACCGGUUCUUAACUUUGCAGGACUCCCGUGGCCGACAGCAGACACUUACUGCCAUUCUGACGAUAUUGCACUUUAGUCCACAGGAAAAACAAGCUGUUGUUAAACAGCAGGUUCAUAGUUGGUGGAACACCGGGAUGAGGUAGCGGGGACAGGAGUGUAAGAAAUUGGGUUAUAAAAAAAAUGUGAAACAUA